AUGUCACACCCAAAACCCGCAGUCUCACCACCAGGCUCUACCGCCACCAGAGACCCUAUCUCCUCGAGAGUUACCAGGUCUCUCGACACCCAUACACUCGAAGCCUUAUCCGCUGCUAACACCCCCGAAACAAUGGAUGACACCAUUCUCCCCGAUUUCGACUCGCCCGAGAUGUUCGCGUUAACCCCCUCACCCACUUCCGACAGGGCCCCUCCCGGCUGCAAUGUUCUCCUAGUCGAAAACGGUAACUCCAUGGCUCUCGCCCGCCAGGAGAGGAUUAAUAUCACCACCAAUCUCAGAGCUAUGACUGCCCAAAAAGAAACGCUGCUCCACAAACUCCAGCACACCAUGGUCUCCCCAACACCCGAGUAUACACUCAGCGAGUACGAAGAGGACCUGACAGCAGUACAUGGCCUCAUUAUGGCCUCCCGCGAAAUGGAGUCCGAUCUCGCAUACAACUGGCUAGAGAUGCAGAGACUCCGUGAGCAGCGGGAGAUCCUUCGCGCUGCGAAGGCUACGAAGCUGCAGCUGCUGCAUGCGCAAAUUGAGGAAGGGGGUCGGGAAAUGGUAAUGCUUACGCGGAUGUUAAGGGAGUUCAACUCCAAGAGGCCUCGACCACCGUCGGAGAUCCAAUAUCUGGGAGUUUAUGCUCCGGACGCGCCAGAGGGUACACUACGUGAAGGGGAGAUUUUCUUUACGAAGCGGGAUGCGGAGAUGCAUUUGAUCUGGGUUGGGAGGCAGAUGAGUAUGUGGAUGGAGGAGCGCGCGGAGUUGGAGGGGGGGGGUGAUGAUGGGCGCGAUAAUGGUUGGGAGUAG